UUUUCUUUAUUAUUAUUUUUUUAACCUCAAUAAUGUUUCGAACUCACCUAAGCCCAACUAAUCUCUCCUUCCCGCCUUCUCUCCGAGGUUGUCUUCAACCUAACGACCUUCUAAAUUCCUGUUCUUCCCUCUCCGACCUCAAACGCCUGCACGCUUUUCUGCUAAUCCAUGGCCUUAGCUCGCGCCUUGAUCUCGCCACCAAACUCAUCUUCCACACCUACACUCUGUCCUCGACCAUGGACUACGCCCGCAAGCUGUUCGACGAAACGCCUCAACGAGACUCUUUUCUCUGGAAUACCCUAAUUCGAGGGUAUGCCAGCAUUGGCCCAUGUCAAGAGGUCCCCGUUCUGUACAAAGAGAUGCACCGCACCGGUUUCUCGCCCGAUCGCUUCACUUUUCCCUUUGUGAUCAGAUCUUGCUCGGCCAUUUCUGCCAUUGGAGAAGGAAAGCAGGCUCACUGCAACGUCGUGAAGAACGGAUUCGAGUUUAAUGUCUUCGCGCAGAGCUCGUUGGUAACAAUGUACUUUCAGAGUGGGGAGAUUUCUGAUGCAGAGUUGGUUUUUUGCGGGAUGGGGGAGAGGAGUACCGUGUCAUGGACUGCAAUGGUAGCUGGUUAUGCUCAGAAUUGUGUCUUUGGGAAGGCUUUGAGUGUUUUUGCGAAAAUGAUUGAUUUAGGGAUUCAGUUUAAUGAGAUCACCCUGGUGAGCAUUCUUCCAGCUUGCAAUGAGUUAGGGUGUUUUAGUCUUGGGAGAUCAAUUCAUGAUGUGGUGAUCAAAUCUGGUCUGGGUUCAUAUAUUUCAUUGGCAAAUGCACUGAUUGCAAUGUAUGGUAAAUGUGGUGAGAGUCAAGUGGCUAAGUCCCUGUUUGAGACGAUGCCGGUUCGGAGCUUAGCUACAUGGAACACCAUAAUUGCUGUGUAUGAGAAGAACGGUGAUGAAACUGCGGCAAUCGGGAUUUUUCGAAGGAUGGUAGCUGAAAAUCUCAGCUUUGAUAGUGUGACAUUGUUAAGUGUCAUAUCUGCUUGCGCUGGUCUUGGAAACCUGGAGAUUGGGAGAUGGGUUCAUGAGCUUGCAUGUAAAAGAGGACUAGAGAUUGAUAUGAGAGUCGGCAACGCAUUGCUCGACAUGUAUGCAAAGUGUGGGAAGAUAGAUUUCGCCGAAGGUGUAUUUCAAAAGCUCCUCCCAUCAAAGAGUGUGAUAAGUUGGAGUGCAAUGAUUGGGGCUUAUGCGGCUCAUGGCCAUGCUAAGGAAGCACUUGAGCUUUUCUCGAAGAUGAAAGAUGAAAGAAUAACACCUAAUAGCUUCACUUUUACUUCAGUUUUGGCAGCUUGCAGCCACUCUGGUCAUUUGGAGGAGGGGCUGAGACAGUUUGAUAGCAUGAAGAGAGAUUAUGGCAUUAAUCAUACAGUGGAACAUUGUGCUUGCAUGGUGGAUCUUCUCGGGCGUGCUGGUCGGCUUAGUGAUGCUUAUGAGUUUGUAGAGAGGAUGGAGGUGAAGCCAGACAAAGCUGUUUGGGUAGCUUUGCUUGGAGCUUGUAGGAUGCAUGGGAAUGUUGAGAUGGCUGAGCUUGUAGUGGACAAUCUCUUGCAAUUGGAUCCUCACAAUGUCACAUUCUAUGUUCUGAUGUCAAAUUUGUAUGCGGAUGCCGGUAGAUGGGAAGAUGCGGCGAGAAUGAGGAGGAGGAUGAAGGAGAAUGAGAUGAAGAAGGCUCCUGGAUUUAGUUUAGUUGAGAUAGACAAGAAGAACUCUAGUGCUUGUUUUGCAGGAUAAGAAAUUCAUUCAGCAUUGCCCAAGGAAAACUAAAGAAAUUAGUGAACUCAGUUUGCUCUUACACAAGGAAGCUAUUCUUGGAAAUUGAACUGGAACACUAACAUCUCAAAGAAAUAACUCCAAACCGUUUACAUCAGCAACUCCUUAGAUGCCGCAAGGUCAAGAAGAUUCAUGCUAGCAGGUACACUAAAAGCCAUAAAUCUACAAAUCCAUAUUCUUUUAUUUACACUGCUAUGAUUAAACAUAUAUGAUUGUUCUUUUAAACUGGAAGUAUCAGUUUAUUUUGUAUAUAGAUUAUGUCAUUGAUGAUCCUAAAAA